UUUACUUCUUUCGUUUGAAUCUUCAAUAACCACAAUGAAUAUCAGAUUAUUCUUGAUAUUUGUGGUAUUGAUGUGCGCCAUACACCAAGGGCCUGCUGUAUAUCGGGACCUUACGUGCGUGGAGCCCGAGCCAGGAUAUGCCAAAAUAUUGUUUUAUCAUUUCACCGCAAGUGAAAUUGAGAAAGUCUGUCCAACGGUUACCGACCUGACAUGGCGAAUUGGGAAUGAGGCAUUCUGUAAUCUGCUGUGUGUGCUUCUAACUCUGCUGUUGGGCUAUGCGCCGUCGAUCGGAAAAGUCGUCAAAGAGAAAUGGUCAGCCGCCGUGUCAAUGUUCCAAGAAUGGAAAGCUCGUCUUUCCCUCUGUCGUCACUGCGGUACUGCCCCGUGUCAGGUUAAAAGGAGAUCCUUGUGGAAGCCCUCCGGUACUCGAAAGAAAGACAAAGCGAAUUUCGCAAAAAGGUCAAACGCCAUGAUGUUGUUUUACUAUGGACUAGAGUCGUCCAUGGUACUUACCAAAGAGCUGCCAUGGAAUGACCUGUACUUGCAGAGGAAGUUCGUCCAGCAUUUUGAAGAGGAGCAUAUGGUAUUGUUCCCAGUGUGCAUCCAGAGUCAGAUCAACUACUGGUACCCUGUCCCUCGCUAGAUUCGUUGCGCCGUUCAAAGAGAAAACUGAGGAUGGCAGUCGGUGAUGGAAUAGAAGUUUGAUGAUUGACGUACCAGUCUCGUUUUGAUUGUCUUAGUUCUUUUGGGGGUGACCCGAUUGGAAUGCUGUCUGACCUAUGUUACAUAUAUUGUACCCUAUAUUUGUUAAAUUGAAUUGUAACUGUGCGGAUCUUGGCCACUAGUGGUUUCAUGAAUAACUAAACCGAUACCUGAUGAAUUGACCAUUUCGAACUUAGCUAGUGUUGGCCAGCAGUGGUCCAAUUUAUAAAUCUCGAUGGUGUUGAGUUGUCUGAUUGGUCAGUUGCUAACAUUUUUCUUUUGGUCAUUAUGUGAUUUGAGAAGGUGUAGAGCUGGAAUUUGACCUUGUAGCAUUAGUCAGUUUGAAGUCAGUUCAUCUUCUUUUCAUUUUCAUUUUCAUAAGAAAAAAGUGCCUUGCGUUUGUUGAUUAAGUACAUAUGAUCAGUUCUAUCAAUGUUGAUGUCGAUCUGUAAUGGGCCUCUGUAGAUGUUUCUAAUAUUUGUUGUUUUGGUCAUUUGGAUAGUUGAGCUUUCGUUGUAAGCGAUAUUGGUGCUUUAGCGGACAUUUGCCAAAUAUAUAAUUAUAGGUACAAUUAAGUUCAAACCACCAUUGGUUUCACACUAAUUUAACAAGUGCUUGGUAUUUUCUCUAAUCAAAUUGAACUGAUUCUGCAAUGACCACUAAUGGUCCGAGGUGUUGUCGUGGUCAGUUAUACAUUCAGUCAAGCUGACCACUAAUGGUCUGAUGUGUUGUCGUGGUCAGUUAUACAUUCAGUCAAGCUGACCACCAGGUUCUGUAGAAUUACCAACAUGUAAAGUUCUGCUCGUUUUGUAUUGGUCAGUUUUGUUCUGGCGAAUUUUAUGUAGUACAACUAACAAUCAUGUGAUCAAUAACAUAUCCUA